CCCUUUAGAGAAUACGAUUAUUCUGAAUAUUAUUCAAAGAAGAAAUAAUGUUAGCUGAUUUUGUAAUUGUAGGGGGAGGUAUAGCUGGUGUUUCUUGUACUGAAACAUUAGCUUUUCUCGCACCUGAAAAAUCUAUAAUACUUUUAAGUGAUUCAGCGUUGAUUAAAACAGUUACUAAUUUGCAAGCUAUAACAAAAACUCUAUGCCAGUUUGAUGUUGAAGAACAGUCGAGUGAUUAUCUUACUCAAAAGUAUAAAAAUGUCACUGUUAUUCAUGAUGUUCUGAAGGAAAUCCAGGAUGAAAGUAAUUAUAUAAAAACCGGAAAAGGAAAAGAAAUACAUUAUAAAUCUUUAUGUUUAUGCAUGGGUGCAGAACCAAAUUUAAUUCCACAACAUCUACAAUUUCCAGAUCAGAUAAUUGGUAUUCGAGAUACUGAUUCAGUUGACACUUUCAUAGAAAAGCUGAAGCACUCAAAGACAAUUGUAGUUGUAGGCAAUGGAGGUAUUGCUUCAGAAAUUGUUUACAAAAUUCAGAACACUGAAAUUCAUUGGGUUAUAAAAGACAAGCAUAUUUCAGCAACCUUUGUCGAUCCCGGAGCAGCAGAAUUCUUCCAAGAUUCUUUACAUAGUUCUCAUCCUAAUGAACAAGUAGUUAGCAAAAGAAUGCGUUAUAAAGAGGAUGAAUAUAAUAAAUCUGGAGCAGCUCUUGGACCUGAUUGGUACAAAAAUUUAAUGAUAUCCGGAGCAAAUACCAAUACCUUAGAAAGAAAAGUUAACAUCCAUUAUGAGAAUGAAAUUAGUACAAUUUCUGGCUCAAAGGACCGUGCUCUGGAAGUACUGUUAACUGACGGACAAAAAAUAUCUUGUGAUUUAAUAAUAUCAGCUACAGGUGUUACGCCAAGAACAAAUUUCAACACAAAAAAUAAAUUACUUCUCUCAGAAGAUGGAGGAAUCAGGGUUGAUGAUCAUUUAAAAACAAACUUAAACAAUAUCUACGCUGCUGGUGAUAUAUGUUCUGCAAAUUGGCAGUGGGCUAAGCAUUGGUUCCCUAUGAAAUUAUGGACCCAGGCUCGACAAAUGGGAUGCUACGCAGCUCAAUGCAUGGUCGGGCAGUUAAACAAAGAGGAAGUUUUGCAAGAUUUCUGUUUUGAGAUAUUUACUCACUCAACUAAACUGUUCAGUUAUAAAGUUAUUCUUCUCGGUCUGUAUAAUGGACAAAAGUUGGAUAAUAAAUACGAGAUUUUAGUGAGAACUACUCCCAAGAUGGAAUAUAUCAAGUUUGUCAUAGAGAAUCAUAAGUUGCAAGGAGCUGUUCUAAUUGGCGACACAGACUUAGAAGAAAUGUGUGAAAACUUAAUUUUAAAUCAGAUUAAUUUAGAACCUUAUGGGGAUGAUAUUUUGAAUCCCGAUAUUGAUAUAGAAGACUAUUUUGAUUAGUUGUUUUGUUAUAUUGGUAAAUAAAAGCAUUUAAUCUUA